AUGGGGAGGAACACUUUAAUUAUCACUUUUGCUAACCAUGCAGAUAAGAAUCGUGUGGAGAGUGGCAGGCCAUGGCUCUUCGAUGGUCCCAUGUUCGUGAUGAAUGCAUUUGAUGGUUACACCCCUCUUAGCAAGAUCACCUUCAAUGCAGCAUUAUGGGUCCAGUUCCAUAACCUGCCUUUGGUAGGGAUGUCAAGGGAGUGUGGGUCGAAACGGGGGAGUUCAUUAGGUGUGGUGGAGGAGGUGGAGUGUAGAAGAAUUAUUCAUGAGGAAGUAGGUUGCCAAAUAACAGAUGCUAUGGAGGUUGACAACAAACAGUUUGGAAGCUGGCUUCGUGCGGACUCAGGUGGACGUAAAGCGGAUAGGGAAGCUAGAGCUCGAGAGUUCACCAACUUGGUGCAAGGGACUAUGAGUGUGUGCCAGUAUGCUGCAAGGUUUGCGGAAUUAUCACGCUUUGCCUCAUACCUGAUUCCUGAUGAGGAAAAGAAGACCAGAAAGUUUGAGGAAGAAUUGGUGCACAAGGCGAUGUUAGUCGAGCAGAAUCUCAACAGGAGUGCUGAAUUGCAAGAACAGAGAAAGAGAGCUGCUCCACAAGGAUUCUCUAAUUUAGAUCAAAGGCCACGGAAGAAGAGAAAUGAGGGAAGCAGUUCAAAGAACAAUAGAAGGCCCAACCAACCUCAAAACUCUAGGCCAAAUAACCAAGGCAACAAUCAGCAGAGGACUGUACCGGCACGAGUGUUUGCUUUAACACCGGGAGAAGCUGAGGAUAAGAAUGAUGUCAUCACAGGAAUUAUCCCCCUGUUUCUCAAUAAGGCUACUGUUUUAUUUGACUCGGGGGCUACCCACUCCAUUAUUUCAAUGGAUUAUGUUAAGUUCUGCCCCGUUGAUGCUGAUGAGAUGCAUUACAAUUUGAGGGUCUCACCCUCAGCAAAUGAUAUAGUGACUUGCAACAAGAUUAUACUUAAGUGCCCAAUAACUAUUAGCGGGAAGGAAAUAUCAGCUAACCUGAUAGUCUUUCCUAUGACUGGGUUUGAUGUUGACAAGUUAUUACGUAAUGGGUGUCAAGGGUUCUUGGCUUUCGUGGUGGAUGAAACAAGGGAAGAGUUGGAGUUAGAAGAGAUUCCUAUUGUGAGAGAAUAUCCUGAGGUUUUUCCUGAAGAUUUGUCUGGAUUGCCACCCAAGCAGGAGAUAGAGUUUGCUAUUGAGUUAGCCCCAGGCACGACACCUUUUUCCAAAGCCCCUUAUCAAAUGGCACCAUCAGAGUUAGCCGAGCUCAAAGAACAGUUGCAAGACUUAUUAGACAAAGUGGUGUUUAUUGACGACAUAUUAAUCUACUCCAAGAGCAAAGCUGAACAUGAAGACCAUCUGAGACAAGUACUGGGGACACUCAGGAAUAAGAAAUUAUUUGCUAAGUUGAAGAAGUUCUCAAAAGAAGGUAUUUCAGUAGACCCCGGGAAAAUUGAAGCAAUAGUUAAUUGGACCCAACCAACCAAUGUGCAUGAAGUUAGGAGUUUCUUGGGUUUGGCUGGAUAUUACCGUCGGUUUAUAAACAAUUUCUCAAAAAUAGAGGUUUCUCUUACCGCCCUUACUAGGAAGAACAAUAAGUAUGAAUGGACUAAAAAUCAUGGGAAAGUAAUAGCAUAUGCAUCUCGACAAUUGAAGACAUAUGAGCAAAACUACCCCACUCAUGAUUUGGAGUUGGCCGCUGUUGUCUUUGCACUUAAAAUCUGGAGGUAUUAUUUAUAUGCUGAAAGGUGCGAAAUCUACCCGGAUCAGAAGAGUUUGAAAUAUUUUUUCACUCAGAAGGAACUGAAUAUGAGACAGAGGAGAUGGCUUGAACUAGUCAAAGAUUAUGACUGCAAUAUUAACUAUCAUCAAGGCAAAGCUAAUGUUGUAGUUGAUGCACUUAGCAGGAAGCCAAUGGGACCAGCAGUUGCUACUCUUACCUCUCAGCCCCAUUUAAUAAUGGAUUUAGAGAGGGCUGCUAUUGAGGUUGUUACUGGUGACUAG